AUGGCGAAAACGUACAAGCAGAUGAAGGAGGCGUGGGUGUCGGGACAUACGGGGAGCUCUGUAGCAGAUGUAAAUAUCGUCUCGCUCGCAAUGCCUCUGAGCAUCUUGCUAUGGUCGGUCAUACAGUCGCGUAUGCGCUUGUUCACGCCUUAUACGCCACCAGCCAUGUUCAUCGACUUUCUACUCAACUGCGGAGCUACGCUGUUCGCAACCACCAUCUACUCGCCUUCUCCAUUGAUUCUCAAUCUCCUCCUGCUACUCCCAGCAAUUGCAUUAUAUGUCCUUGAGAAGCCCGCUCCAGCCAAGGAAGUCCCGCGUCCGCCCAAGAUCGACAAGUCUGAAAAAGACUCCAAACUGGAUGCACUACCUGUUAAGCCGUUCAUCACAAAUUACCGCGGCGCAAUGAUGGUCAUCACGUGCGUCGCAAUCCUGGCCGUCGACUUUCGUGUCUUUCCACGGCGGUUCGCUAAAGUCGAGAACUGGGGUACCUCACUCAUGGACAUGGGUGUCGGGUCCUUUGUCUUCACUGCUGGCGUGGUUUCAGUCCGCUCUUCACUCAAGGAAGGCACUGGCCGACCGCCACUAUCCAAACGCUUGAUGGCAUCACUCAGACAUUCCGUUCCCCUUCUUGUCCUUGGUGUCAUUCGACUCAUCUCCGUAAAGGGACUGGACUACGCAGAACAUGUCUCUGAAUAUGGCGUGCAUUGGAACUUCUUCUUUACCCUGGGCUUCCUACCACCAUUUGCGGCUCUUUUCCAGUCGGCAUUUGACCUGGUCCCUUCAUAUGCUGUGCUGUCGUUCGUACUGGCUGCCGUCUACGAAGUUGUCUUAGAUUGCACGCCUCUUGGACCCUACAUACUUGUGGCCCCACGUACAGAUUUGCUCUCCAAGAACCGAGAAGGGAUAUUCUCCUUCUUUGGAUAUCUUGCGAUUUUCCUAGCCGGCCAGUCCCUGGGUGCGUCUGCACUCCCUAGACAGCAGCCAAUCGCCAAAGACGCACCAAUGACAACAAAACUCCGGCAAUCCACGCUUGGGAAGCUUGCAACUACAUCUCUCCUUUGGACCGCACUUUUCUACUUCUCUACAAGCUACUAUGGCCUUCGCUUACCAGUAUCAAGACGGCUUGCUAAUCUUCCGUACUUUCUCUGGGUGUCUUCGUUCAACAGUUAUCAAAUCACCAUAUGCUGCGCAAUUGAGCCUGUUCUCUUUCCCAGCUUGUACAAGGCCACAAACAAAAGCGAGGAAAUACGACGCACUAGAGACGCCACUAGUACUAUACUGUAUGCGUUCAACCGCAAUGGUCUUGCGGUUUUCUUAGUCGCCAAUUUGCUGACAGGUCUGGUCAACAUGACGCUACCCACUUUGAACAUGAGCGUCAUUGAAUCAAUGGCGGUCCUCACGGCAUACGUCGCUGUCCUGGCUGGAUUCGCUGUUGGUCUUGACCAUUACAAUAUAACGAUAAAGCUAUGA